GGUGUUAGAUUCAGCAAAACGGAGACAAUGCAGGUACUGGCCAUUCUGAGUUUCUUGUUCCUUCCUUUGGCUUGGAGCUCUAGUGAACAAAGUGAAAUAUUGCAAGGGUGGCAUGAAAAGGUGGGAAUUAAAAAUGCAGAAAAGAUCAGACGUUUGGAAGAACAAGUAAUAGCUAGUCGCAUCGUGGGUGGUGUAAUAGCUCCUGUUUAUUCUCACCCUUAUCUCGCCGGAUUGCUCAUAGACAUAAUAGGAUUGUCUUCACCUUCGGCGUGCGGAGGGUCGAUUCUUACGAAUUCAAGAAUUCUUACUGCAGCUCACUGUUGGUUUGAUGGAAGAUUCCAAGGUCGCAGUAUCCAGGUCAUCCUAGGAACACCGUUUUUGUUUCACGGAGGAGUUCGAACGCACGUCCAUGCUAUAGCUAUACAUCCACAUUACAAUUUCCGAACCUUUGCCAAUGACAUCGCCAUGCUGUAUUUGCCAUUCCCUAUCAAAUUUACAAAUGCAAUUCGACCUAUACCUCUACCUUCAGGAGAACUACUAAAAGCUAACUUUGCUGAAAAAUGGUUAGUGGCAGCUGGAUACGGAAGGUACUCAGACCACAGCAAUCCAUCAACAAAUGCAAUGGCAAGGAACGUCUUUCUGCGAGGGAUUUCCAUAGCUGACUGUCGUGCCGUUUACGGAGAAAUGGUUCUGGACUCGAACAUCUGUACGUGCGGAGUUGGUGGAGUUGGCAUCUGCCAAGGAGACUCAGGCGGACCGUUAACCGUAUACCACAAUGGAAAGCAAGUACUUAUCGGAGUCAGUUCGUUUGUCGCCCUCGAUGGCUGCGAGUUGGGCCUCCCGUCUGCUUUUGCCAGAGUUUCUUCGUUUUUGAAUUUUAUACGCCUACAUUUAUGAAAUGAUGCUGCAUAGAUAUUACUUUGAUAAAGCCUUUGAUCGACAUAACUCAUUUUAUGCUAAUUGACUAUUUUUAAAUACGCGUUUCCAUUAAAUGUAAAUUAAAUGAAGCGACAAAAGAGAUCUUUCAAAUUUUACACCAAUUAAACACCUUUUUACUUGACAACUUGUAUUAAACAGUAAGUAAAUUUUUCCUGUUAUCAAAACAUAUACUCAUGCUGUUCUACCUCAUAGUAUAAUUUUUAGGAAAAUAUGGUGAAUAGUAUUAACUAUGUGAUGAUAGUAUAAUAUAGUGCAGUUUUAAUGUUAGUAUAGUUAUUAUAAGUAUUGUAAAUAUUUCCUUAAAAUAAAUAUGCUCCCAAAACUAUA